AUGUUAAUAAAAGUGUCGUGUUCCCAAAUAACAACUUACAGUUCGCUUCAAACUGAUUCAGACGUCCAUUUCUACAGCCAUGUGAAACGACUUCUUGAAUUUUGUUUUUCUGACCGUCUCAAUCCUGUUGUUAUUACUGAAGAGUUGUAUGAUAAAAUUCACAAGAUUCCAUGGGAAAUCGUAGAGCCACCUACAAUUAUUCUCGAUAACAAUUUUGAAUCUAAAGAAAUCCAAGUUUUCAGUCCGAGAUACCCGACAUAUGUAUUGUUGGUUUCUGGGUCGAUUAAAAAAUUAAAGACGCUGUUCGAUAAUUUAAAAUCAACAACAACGUGGAGUGUAGAAUCUUACUUUUUUAUCGUUGACGUAGAAAAUUUUUGCGAAAACGCUAAUGAAGUUCUCAAAUUAUUAUGGAAGCUCGAUUUACUGUCAUCUUUUUAUUUGUGUCGAGAAUCUGAUUCUGACAAUUUGAUAAUCUACAAUUACAACCCAUUUACCAACUACGCACCAUAUCCAUGGAGAAGCGCUGAAACAACUAGUCAAGAAAUUACUGAGAAGGGAACACUACUUUAUCAAUAUUUCGAUAAUGAUCGGAGAGUUUGUCACAACAUUACCUUUGAUAAAACUAAAACGCUAGGCGAUCAUAAAAUUAAGACAACGGUAAUACUUAAGAUACACAAUGCUACUCGUGAUGAUGUGAUUGAUGUUAAAAAAAAUGAAAUAUCGGCUCUUUUAGCUGGACCGUCUCAUUACAGUAUUGAGACUUUGCAAAACUUGUUCGAUCAUCGUUAUCAUGUCUUUUACGAUCGGGAAUUAUAUCAGGAUAUCUUAAGCCAAAAUAUCUGGGUUACUGAAGAUGAUAAAAAAUUCUUGCAUUCUUGUAGUCAUAUUGAACUAUUUCGAUGCGCCAAAAAUGUUAGUGAAAAUUCUACAAUCGCUUGUAUUUAUAAAACUUCUUUACAAUUAAAAACCAUGAAAAAAUUUUCAAACGUGUAUAUGUCUAAAAAUCUAGUUUUUACAAAAUAUUAUGCACCGUGGACCCGGAAGAACUGGGCCCUGAAAAAGAAACUUGAUAAAAUCAGUCAAGAAGUAUUGGAAUCCGGGUUCUUAAAUCAUUUGGAUAGAGAAAUGUAUAUUAAUCGAAUAAAGAAAAUAAGAAAGAUAGAAAGAAUUGAAACUUCUGAACAAUUAGACGAAGUAACGGAAUUCGAUUUAAUCCCUGCUUACAAAAUUUUCGGGGUUAGUUUGAUCAUAGCGUUAUUAAUUUUUUGUGUGGAAGUAAUAAUAGAAAAAAUGUUUACUCAUCCUAAAACCGAUCAUAAGCAAACGAUGUCAAGAGUUGAACCAAAAAUUAAGCGCUCUAAGCUCCGAAAGACUAUCAAAAAACACAAGCGAAAUCGUAAUCGAAGAUUUUGGUUACCGUGA